AUGGAGGCAUCAACAGUACAGCAACAAGAACAGCUCUUCCAAAAGUUCCAAAACUACAACUUUGAUGCCGACGCCAACUUCCAGGCUGGAUUGAAGUCCAUUAUCGGGAACGCCCAGAACAAGUCUGCACAGGAGCAGAAGGAUGCUGUCGAAAAGGCGAAAUACUUUUACUACUCUCGCUUUGUGCAGAGCUUUGAUUAUAAUCAGUACCAGGCAUGGCGCCAAUUAAAGGCAGCCACUUCUAUCAAUCAGGAUGAGUCACAGGGAUCUUCAGCGCCAUCAUCAACACCAAUCGUCGACGAGACUAUCGCAGAAGAAUCUCAGUCCUCCUCCACUGCUGCUGACCCUACAUAUCCAAAGUCGUUCCAGGAGAUCUGUGAACUGAUCGCGUCAGGAAAGCCCAUCCCAGGCAUUCGUCAGAUUCCCAACAACUUGGCAGAGGGAACGCCAAGCGAAGCCAAGUUGGCGCCAAAGCUCAAGCCCUGGGAGAAGAAGAACGCUGGUAGUGCUGAGGAGUCAGUCAUUGAGUCUACUACGCCAUCAGCCGAUGCUACAGCUUAA